AUGAAUGAGGGACGAGUCUUCGCUCGCACUUCACUGAGCUCUUUGUCCGUCAUCACAGACACUAAAUCACAGCCGGCGGGGCCGAGAGGGACAGUAACCAUCAAACACGCCAGCGUUCUGUGGCAUCUCGAUAUCUUCCGACGUAGUUUCCGUCAGCUGACGACUCACAAGUGUAUGGAGGACUCGUGCAUUUUCUGCGCCCUGAAGAGCAUCUUCGCUCAGUUUCAGUACAGCAGUGAGAAAGUUCUACCGUCCGACGCUCUCCGCAGCGCCGCCAAAACCUUCCAGGACGAGCAGAGGUUUCAGCUCGGCAUCAUGGACGACGCAGCAGAGUGCUUUGAAAACAUCCUGAUGAGGAUUCACUUCCACAUCGCAGACGAGACCAAAGAAGAUAUCUGCACAGCCAGACACUGCAUCCCCCACCAGAAGUUUGCCAUGACGCUCUUCGAACAGUGUGUGUGCAGCAGCUGUGGAGCGUCCUCAGACCCUCUGCCGUUCAUUCAGAUGGUUCACUACAUCUCCACCACCUCGCUGUGCAACCAGGCAGUGAAGAUGUUGGAGUCGAGGGAGAAAGCGACUCCUGGCAUGUUUGGGGAGCUGCUGAGAAACGCCAGCAUGGGAGACCUGCGCAGCUGUCCCAGUCAGUGUGGUCAGCAGCUCAGGAUGGCUCGGGUCCUCCUCAACAGCCCGGAGAUCAUCACCAUCGGUCUGGUUUGGGACUCGGAUCACUCUGACCUUGCUGAGGACGUCAUACACACCCUGGGAACCUGCCUGCGCCUGGGCGAUUUGUUUUACAGGGUCACGGAGGAGAAGGCUCGCCAGGCGGAGCUCUACCUGGUCGGCAUGGUGUGUUACUACGGGAAACACUACUCCACCUUCUUCUUCCAGACAAAGAUCAGACGAUGGAUGUACUUUGAUGAUGCACACGUCAAGGAGAUCGGUCCCAAGUGGAAGGACGUGGUCUCACGCUGCAUCAAGGGCCACUACCAGCCGCUGCUACUGCUGUACGCCGACCCGCGGGGGACGCCGGUGUCGGUCCAGGACCUGCCCUCGCGCUUCGACCUCCACCACCUCAACAAGGCUUGUUACGACAGCGAAGAUUCGGGCCGCGAGCAGUCCAUCUCCAGCGACACUCGCACCGAUUCGUCGACGGAGAGCUACUCAUACCGACAGCCCUCCCACUCGCACCAUGAGUCCCUGGCCAGUCACUACUCCUCUGACUCCCAGGGAACCGUCAUCUGCACCGAGCGCCCAGACGGACCGCUGCACGCCUCGCUCUGCAGCCUGGAUACCAUAGGCCACGUGACGGACAGUGAGCAGCACCAGUCUCUGAGGAAGGGAGGCGGGGCCGGGGAUAGGAGGCGGAGCUCUAGCCGGCACCGGCGAUCUAAACCUGACCACGAAGCCUCAUCGGCCGGUUACCACAGCGAGGGAGAGACCUUAAAGGAGCAGCAGGUUCCUCGUCACCUCCCCAAACCUUCCUCCUCCUUCUCAUCCUCAUCAACCAGUCGCCUCCGAGACUUCAAGGAGACCAUGAGCAACAUCAUCCACAGCCGACCCCUCUCCUCCUCUUCCUCCUCCUCUUUACCAGCUGCCGUCCUCUCUGAAAUCACCUCCUCCACCAUCAACCACCACCUCCCCGCCAGCACCGCCGCUUCCUGCUCCUCCUCCAGUAAGCUCCAUGACUGGGAGGCCGACAGCACCAGCAGCGAGUCCAAGUCCAGCUGCUCAGGGGGAGCAGGGUCGGGGAGGUGCCGGCCGGCAUGGAGGCCACGAAGGGAGGUGCUCAACAUCGACAGCAUCUUCAGCCGCGAGAGGCGAAGGCAGGCGGGAUACAGCCCGCUCGGCGCCUCCCUGCAAGAUGACUGCAGAGCUCCGGCCUCCGAAGGAGCAGACGCCUCCUUCCCAGCCCAGGAGGAGGUCAAGUCUGUCAGACCUGGCUCCUCCUGGACUCUCCCCACUACCUCCAACAGCCACAGGGCGGGUGGAGAUGGACCAGGGGGUGGAAGGGGAAGUACAGGAGGUGUUAGAGGAGGGGCAGACCUGCCUCCUCCACCUCCUCCUCCUCCCAGGCUGAUCCAGAGGAUGGAGAGCGGAUACGAGAGCAGCGACAGGAACAGCAGCAGCCCGGUCAGCCUGGACCUGAACCUGGGAGACAGGGAUUGUGCUGUGAAAAAGCCUUCAUCCUCCUCUUCGUCAGGACCGUCAUGGAGGAACAUCCGGUCGAAGAGCAGUGGAGCUCUGCUGCAGGACCUCAGCUCAUCCGGCAGGGGGAGCCUCGCGCCCCCUGCAGGCCGCAGCGAGCUGGACGAGCUGCAGGAGGAGGUGCAGAGGAGAGCGAGGGAGGAGGAGCAGCAGCGACAGCAGGAGAAGGAGAGGGAGGCGGCGCUCGGCUUUAACCCGCGCCCCAGCAAGUACCUGGACCUGGACCAGCUGCAGAUCCAGGGUAAAGGCGACAGCUUUGAGCGGUGCGUGUCGGAGGCGGAGCUUCUGCUGGACCAGUCGGUGCGUCUGGAGCAGGCGGGCGAGGUCGCCGCUGCGCUGUCGGCGGUCAACGAAGCAGUCUCCAAACUGCAGCUGGUGGCGGCUGAGGGCGGAGCUAGUAGUCACAGCCGGCUGCAGCGCUGCAUGAGGAGAGCCCGCAGCCUGCAGCAACGCAUGCAACUGCAGCAGCAGCAGCAGCAGCAGCAGCAGCACUCAGAGGCAGGCAGACAGCCGCUGCAGCAACAACAGGAGGAGGGGCAGCAGCUCCAGGAACAGCCCAGUGAAAAGCCUCUCUCGCUCCAAAUACUUCUGACAGAGAGACAGGGCGACCAAUCAGCUGCCUGUAAGGACCAGCAGAUCCCGCCUCUCUCUCCCUGCCUUGUUAAGCCCCUCCCUCCCAAAAUGAAUUCAGUGUCUGACCCCGCCUCCAGUGCCGGGGCCCUUAUAGCUUCACCGAGGCAGGACAGCAGCUCUCACAUCAGGAAACCCCUAACCAACACCAGGUCCCUCCCUGCUCUGUGCGUGGACACCUGGGAGCAGAGCCCACUAGGCGACUUGGCCCCACCCCCUCCACCUGAGGAGCCGGACCAUCCCCCCCAGUGGGCCAGAACGCCUCCUGUCUCCAUCUCAGCACAGGCCCCACCCAAGCCAUACCCCCGAACCCCGUCGCCUGUUGGCACCUGCGACAGGCGUCCUCAGAUGGAGGAGGAGCCAUAUUACACAAGACACCCACAGGCCACGCCCCCUGCGUCUAACCCCGUCUCCAGACCAGCCCCGCCCCAUUCCACCUACCCAGCCAGGAACUGGUCCUGCUUACACCUGGACCGACCUGAUGUUGUUGAUUCUCCUGUAGACCUGCCAGUCAGCUCGCACCUUUACUCCCCAGACCCCCCUUCCAACACCCUCCCGCCUCCUGCAAGCCGGCCCGGUCUGCCCUCCUCGCCGCCCCCCAGCCAGGACUUCAGAUCCGCCCUGCCUGUGGAGUGCUGGGCAGAAAACGUCAACCGAUACUACGACUCCCAGAACGCAACAGAAGGCGACGGAGCGGCGGCGCCCGACGAGGAGCUGUCGGAGCUGGACUCUCUGUACCAGGCCAGUCUGCUGGCUCCCAGCGUGCACCGGGGCAGCCGUGGAGUCAGUCCUCAGCCAGUCAGCAACAAGCCAGGUGUGAGGAGAAUGCUGUCAGGAUCUGGACGGUCCAAAACGCCGACGGCUGAGAUCGAGCGAUUCGCCUACAGAACACCGGUUGCACCUGUUCAUAAGCAGCCGUCAGGUGAAGACGAGAGCUACAGCGCAGAAAACCUGCGACGCAUCGCCCGCAGCCUGAGUGGAACCGUCAUCGGGUCUCGACCCCAAAACCUCGGCCCCUCCCACAGCUGCGACCCCUCUGUGUCCAGGCCCCCCCUCAGACAUGCCGACCUUCACUCCUCCUCCUCCUCCUCCUCCCUCCUCCGUCGCCCCAGCACCUCCUCCCUGCACCUCCCUUCCUCCUCCUCCACCUCCCUCAUUACAGAUCACUCCCACCACCACCAACCCCGACACCACGGCCCCUCAGCUCCUGCACCUCCUCCGCCGCACCCCCCCUCGCAGACAUCACGGCCCCCGAGCUCGGGCCUCUCAUCCUGGGGACUCUCAGGUGUCCAGCAGCAGUUUCUGGUUGUGUCUGACCGGCGUCCGGCUGUCUCAGGUCAAAGCCUCCACAGCGUCGCGCUGAGUUACGGCACUCUGCCCCGGGCUCCUCGCCGAGCCCCGCCUCCCUCCAACACCGCCUCCCUCCCCAGGCCCAGAGUCUCCUCCGGUCCGGCCCCCCUGCCGGCUCCACAGAAUCUGUACGCCACCCUGUCUUACCCUCGUCGCUCAGCCAACACCGCCUCUAACGGUCACUACCGGCAACCAUCGCUGCCCGGCAACGCUCCGCAGCACCUCGGCCCCCCGCAGCCGCUCCGCCUGGACAUGCCCCCUGAGAGCGACUGGCGCCGUGACACGGACUACAGGACCGUCCGACCCAGCUCCUCCUGGGACCCCCGCACCGCUCGCCUCCGCCAGCCCCCCCCGGCCCCGCCCCGCAGGGACCCCCAGCUCUGCUCGCUCUGCCAGCAGCUUCCCGCGGAGCCGUCCCGUCCCUACUGCCUGUCCUGUGGCGCCUACGUGGCUCGGUUCCGCCCGGCCAGCUGAUCAGACCCCCCCCCCCCCCCCCCCUUUCAUUUUAAAGCUUUUCUUCUGUUCCACAAGUCUCGUAUCCGUCGCCACGAGCUCCACGGCGAGGAUCCAGACAGACGGAACGUGACGUCUCUGUAUUUAAAAUGUGCCAACACGUUGGUGGAUAAAACUCUCUGAUUGGCUCCGAUCAUCAGGCGGGAGACACGACAAGCCGCAGCCACACAGACGCACCUGCACUGAUGCAGAGGUGAUUCUGACCCGGGGCGGGACGGCGACCUGCUAACCUGCUGUCUGUUCAGAAAACUGAGACCGGUAAUCAAUAAAUUAGUCGGGAGCUCUUAUUACUCACUUUAUCCACCGGGUGUCAGAUCAACAUAAACAACAUGUUUAUUUACGGCUCAGUAUUUAACUCGGCUGAUCUUCCAGGUUCAGUUUCUUACGUGAUGAUGAACGGAGUGCGUUUGGGCUUUGGACUGUCGGUCGCCUCUCGUGUUUGAGGACGUCGUGAUCCUCAUUUUCUGACAUUCUUCAAACCAAACGAUUAAUUUGAUAAUUCAUGAAAAGAGUCUGCGGUCUCGAUGUGCGUCUUACCGGGUCAGCGCCGACAGAAGACGCUCGAACCGCUUCCUCAAAGAUAAAACGAUCAGCUCUACUUUUUUUUUGUUUGUUUAGAGUUUAAAAUCUACACACAACACCCUGUUUCUAUUUUAAAUGUGCCAGCUUUUAUUUUGAAAGCAUGUUUCAGUGUUUUUAUAAUGAAGUUGCUUCGUGAUCAUUUCUAAAGAUGCACAGACUCAAACAGCUGCUGGACUAGCCGAUCUUUGAAUUCAGUUUUGCAGGUACUGCCUGUAGACCGGAACACUUUUUGUUUUACAAAGCAAAGAAGAAAUGUUCAAGUCAAGCUCGAUGUUUGCGUGCAUUUGACCGAAGAAUCGGAUCAGGGCUCGCCCUCGCUCUGCGAUCAAAGCCCCGGAUCGCUGCGUCACUAACAAAGUGCUGAACGUUUCAUUAGGGGUCAAACAGAUUUCAUCUGACCAACAGUCUAAACACAAACACAAAUCCACUGCUUCACAUCAGUGAAGCUGGAAGCAGGAGAGCUUUUGCGCGGUUUAUCUGUAAAAAAUAAAACACAAACAAAACAAGAACGAUCGACGCAGAUGAUCGACGAGUCUCUUCAGCCUCGGAGGGUUGAAUCUGACAGCAGGUGGGAAAAGGAGAAUAGGCGGCCGGGAGCAGAGUGUUAGUGAACAGACAGCAGCUGCGCAAACCUCAACAGGAAAUGAAGGACAGCGGAGACACGACAGGAAGGAGAAGAGGAGCUUUUGAAGGAGUUGGUCUCUCGUUUGAAUAUAAAUCUACUCUACUUAUUACUCUAUUUAUUUUUGUAGGCUAGGAGUUGUGCGUAGAUGAAUCUAUUCUACCUGCCUAACAUGAAUAUACUCUCUCCUAUAGACCUGAUCUAAUUUUCUAAAGGCAGUUAGCCGCCUUGUUUGGGAUGUGGAGCCUUCUUAUAUUGUACACGAGGCUGAUUUCUGUCUUCUCAGAGCGCAUUUAGAUUAUUAACAAAGCUUUUAUUUUGACAGAGUUGCAGCUAAUAUUUAGCAUGACGUAUCAUAGCCUUGAGAGAUUCGCUCGACGUCGGUGUACUUCUAUCGUAAUCAUGAUAUAUAUGCAGAUCUGUU